UGGAGAUGCUCUUACUCUAUUUUACUCUAAAAUAGAGUAACUCUAUAAUAGAGUUUGAGUUUACUCCAAUGGUAUUCUAUUUUAGAGUAGAAAAUAGAGUGAUGAACAAAAAAAACAAAUUAUUCUAUAUUUGGAGUAAACCUAUUUUUCACUGUAUUAUAGAUGGAGAAAUAUAGUACCAUUGGAAUAUUUUUUACUCUAAACUCUAUUUUAGAGUGAAAAAUAGAGUGGGGUUGGAGAUGCUCUUAGAGCAAAAGUUACAAUAUAAUAGAAUUACUCUAUUUUUGUGUAAAUUACAAAGGAAAAAAUAGAGUUCUCUUGGAGAUGGUCUAAGAAUCAGUAACAUUACCUAUAAUUUUGUACAGUUUCAUGAUUAAUUUAGUGUUUUUUGUUUUAUGUUCGGUAAUAAUUAGUUAAAGCAAACGAAAAGUUGGACGAUUCACAUAAAAAUUAGCAAAAAUUUGCUUUUAGCGUGGAGGGACAGAUUGGCAAUAAUUUAAUUUAACAGCUCAACGAAAUUUCGAGUUCCGGGAUUUAUUGGUCUUGUUAAACAAUUUCACAUGUACUAGUUGAGAGACCGAGAUUCCAAAAAUAAAAGUUAAAAAAUGUGACUGUGUGAGUGAAUAAAAAAGGUUUCAGCUAAACAUAUUUAAAUAAAAAAUAAAAAAUAUUUGUCUAAAUAGGCAUAUGAGAUUUUUAUUUUCAUAUUUAUUAUUUUUCUCUAAAUUAGUUUUCAAUUAGACAUUCGAAGUGUUACAAAUGAAUGGACGGACUAAUAAAAUGGUAUCUAGAAUUAAACACACAUCAGACUAUAUCCAAUAAUACUAGGCCUAGCCUUUAUCCCAAACCAGAAUUCCAACGUUAACCCGAACCAAAAUUAAAAACCCGCAUCCAAACCAAUAUAUAAUAAAAUAUAUGAAAAUAACUUAAGAGCUUGAUAUUUUGGAGUUGGAGUACAACCCGAACCAAACCAAACCAAAAUCUGAAUUAGGAUCCGAAUAUCUGAAAUAAGUUAAUAUGUUAAUAUUUUAUAUAUACUAGGUGGUUGCCUGCGAUUUCACGGGUAUAAAUAUUUCAUGAAAAUUAUAUAUUAUGCUUAUAAUUUUAUACUUUUGAAUAAUAAUCAUAACUAUUAAAAAUAACCAUUUUAUUUAAAAUAAUUUAUCAAAAUUUUUGGUAUUGUAUAAUCUUAGAAGAUUAUUGAAAUUUUUUGUUAAUUCUAAUAAUUUUAUUAUAAGUUUCGAAAAAGUCUUUUUUCUGACAUAUUUUUUGAUUAAUAAAAAAAAUAGAGAUUAAUGAACAAAAGGUUAUUUUAUAGGUCAAUUCUCAUAAAUAGACUAUUUUUAAUUUUUGGUCACAAAAAUAGAUCACAAAGAGGAAAAUGACCAAAAUGUUUUAUUUAAUAGGUAAAAGAACACUAAUACCCUAGAUAUAUAAAAAAUAAAAUUUAAUAAAAUAAAAAUAAAAACAUAAUAAAAAAAUAAUUUUUUAUAGUUUUAGAUUAUAUGUUUUCGAAUUUGAAGUUUUUUUAUAAAUAUUUCUUUUUGAAUCUUUUUUUUUCGAAUUUUAUUUUAUUUUUUUCAGAUUUUCUUUUUGUAAUUCGAAAAUACUUUUUGAAACUAUUUUAAAAUUUUAUUUUCAAAAUUUUAAUAUUUAUUUACUAUUUUGUGUCAUGAAUUAAUAUGGUUCAACCGAAUUUAAUAUGGUUCGAUUAAGUUUAAACUUAAAACAAGACCUAUAAAUAAAUAUAUGCUUUAUUAUUUGUCUUCUGUAAAUUUUAUAUGAACUUAGUUGAAUUUAGUUAUUGACAUUUAUAGUAUAGAUAUCAUGAAACAAAAUUUAAAUAUAUAUACCAAACAAAAAAUAUAAACUAACCAUCUUAACAUUAAGGGUGUGACUGGUAGAUUUUAGAGUAACUGGAAGAUAUGAAAAUGGAGUAACUAACGUUUCGAAUGUUUACAACCGCCCCGCCCCGUACCGCAGUUAACAGUACCAAAAAUCUCUACAUAUACUAUAUAUCUAUAUAUUUUUAUAACUGUUAAAAUCACACCGCAGUUGAACCGCUUGUCCCGCACCGCUCAAACCGCAGUUACAGAGGAAAAGUAGGAGAGUAAAACAAAAAUAAAAUAAAAUAAAAUCAGGUACAAAUUAAUUUCCACUUCAGAAACUGUGAGGUAAUAAAAUAUUAUAUAUACCACCAGUUAAACAGUGGUGAGAGUAAGCGAGAUGGAAAUUAAUUUUACCUGAUUGGCUAACAUAAAAAUUGAACGGAGAGUAAAAAUAUUAUCGCUAAAAAUAUUUGGCAGGAAGUGCUUUCCAGCUAGACACUAAAGAUAUGUAGUUAUGAAUUGUAAAGAUUUCAAAAAAUAAAUAUAAUAAAAAUGUCAAAAUUUUAUUUGUGGUAUUGUUAUUUUCUAUUUUUUAUUAGUAUAAUAGUUCCAAAGAAAUUAUGAAGAAGAAAUAAUUAACAAAUUUGAUUUAUAUGAUUGAUUACAAACAAAUCUAGUUUAAUUUGGUUUGACCGGUCCGGUCCGAUCCGAUUUUAAAAACAGUGGUAUUGACUAUAAUUGUCUAUGGUGAUUUUCAUAUUCAUCAUAUAUAUUAUUAUUUAUCUGAAGAUAAUGUAUUUUCUGUUAAGCAUAAAUGAGUGAAGUAUAUAAAAAAGAAUGAUGAUUGAUGUUUAAUGCAUAGGGAGAAUCAUUUUCCAGUACACGAGAAGCGAGUAAUUGACCAGAGAGACAGUGUCCCCUUUCGUUGGUCAUUAAAGCUGCUUUUGUCACUCUUUUCUUCUGUCAAUUUGUUUUCUGUCUUCAAUAUCUUUUUUUUAUUACUAUAUAUACUCACGAAUCAAUUGUGUAUCUCGAUAUGUACCAAUAAUUUUUUUUAAUAAUUGAUGACCCAUAGUGUACGAGCACCUUCGUAAAUGAAUUUAACAGAAUAUUUCAAUAUACAUGUAUAUAUAUUAAAUUAUUAAAAUCAUAUCAUAUUUAAAUAUUAUUUUACUUUUAUCAGUUAUUAGAUAUUUUAUUAAGAUCUUUCAAUCAAGAAAAUAUUUCUUUAUAUUUUCAAUUUAAUAUUUAAAAGAUUAUAAUUUAUUUCUGUUAAAAUAUCUUCAAUCCACUUCUAUUUGUUUUACUCUACAAAAAAAAAGAAAUUCGAAAAUAGAAGAUAGUUUUACGUACCAAUUUGUUUUUCUAUAAUAUAAAAUGUUAUAUUCUCUUUUAUUUAUAAAGAAAGGAUACUACAUAUUUUGUUGAAAAUAGUGUUUCUUUAUAAUAAAGAAAAGUACCACAUUUUCUAUUGUAAAAUAUACCAGAGAAAAACUCAUUUUAUUUUAGAAUUUCUAAUUAUAGAAGAAGAAGAAGAAGAAAUAGAUUAGAAAUGCUCUAGGUUCAAGUUAUCGAGUAACUUGCAUUGAUAAACAUUCAGAAAAAUAAUAGAAAUUUAGAGAAAUCGAAUUUUUAAUUAUCAUCUAAAACGUCUACAAUGGUUGAAAUCGAUCUAGUUAUAUUUUGAAACGACAAAGAUGUGAAAUGAAAUUUUCCAUCGAAGACUUAUUUGUUCUAAGCUAUAAACUUCACGUGACUUUGUUUUUCAACAUGUCAGUCGCACACAAAAGUACCAUGAACACUAAUAAGUUUGUAAUAACUCCAUCCAACAAAGUCAUCCUUUCUUACAACACUACAUUUAUUCGUCAUUGUUUUAAGUUAAACCGGAUCAUCCUUUUUUUUGAUCAAAAAAAGUUAAACCGGAUCAAUCAGUUUUCGGGAAUCAAACGAAAAGUUUUCACCUGGAAUUACAAAACCAAGUUAAAGAGAACAAAUCAUAUAUCUUGAACGAGAGUUUUUUUUUGCCAAAGCAUAGCUUUCCUAGAUAUUACUGAUGUAAAAUCUGACUUUAUCAUUUUAUGAAUAUUAACCAUAGCAAAAAAAAGAAGAAGAAAAAAGAGCGAUCAAACUUACUCCAUCCGUUUCAUAAUGAUCUAUGAUCUAUGACAAAUUACAAAUUUUAAAGAUAUUAAUUGUAUUUACUGAACUUUGAUUGGUUAAAAAUCAUAGGAAAUAGCUAAACACAGAAAAAAUGUAUUUAUUGUUAAAAGUUUAUGUAUUUUCUUAAUAAUUGUGAAAACUGUAGAAUAUAUAUUACUUUGAAUCGGAUGGAGUACAUUAGAAGGAAUCAAACCAAAACAAGCCACUUUCAUAUAUAAUCGAUCAUUAACAAGGCUAAUAGCAUUAUACAGUAAAACCUCUAUAAAUUAAUAAUGUUGGGAGUUUGAAAUUUUAUUAAUUUAUAGAGAUAUUAAUUUACAAAAAAAAAUUUUUUUUUUAGAUGUUUUAUAUUUUUAAAUAUUUUUAUUUAUAAAAUAAAAUAUAUUUGAUUUUACCAUAUAUGCAUUAAUAUUUUUUAAAAAAUUUGACUUUCAUAUUGUUUUAUUAUAUUACUUGGUUUAUAUAUUAUUGUUUCAUAUAACUUCUAUGUCGUUUUCGAUAUAAUUUUUACUAAAUAUUAUCAAAAUAAAUUGAAAUGUCUAGAAAACCAACAAUAUAAUGUUUAGUUUGUACUUAUAUGAAAUGUAUAUAUAGAUAUAUUAUUAAUUUAUGAUUUUAGUGGGACUAUAUAUUUACAUAGGAUUUUCUAAAAAAAUAUUAUUUUAUUAUUUUAUCAAUUUGUGUCAUAUUUUGAAUUAAUCCAACUCAAAAACGAGAAAAUUUAUUAAUUUAUAAAGAUUAUUAAUUUAUCGUAUUAAUUUAUUAAAGUUCUACUGUAGUUAAUCCAACUCUAAAUCAAACAAACUAAAACUGAAUGCACAUUACCUGUGCAAAAACAACUUUUGUGUCGGCCAUGUAGCGGUACAGCUCACCAUUUCGAGCGCCGUUUGUCAUGAGUUGCUAUCCAACGAAACUGUCCCUCAAGCUUUAUAAGCCCAUGCAUCUUCUAUAUAGAUCCCUGAGAUUUCUUCUCUAGGCUUUGUGGAGUUUGCUCACAUCAAUGUUACAAAAAAAUGUUACCAGCUGUUACAACCAUAUUCACCAGCUCUCUUAGCUUUGUGUUCUCACCGUACAUGUCAGGUACCUAUAUAGAUCCAUGCAUCUUCUAUAUAGAUCCCUGAGAUUUCUUCUCUAGACUUUGUGGAGUUGCUCACAUCAAUGUUACAAAAAAAUGUUACCAGCUGUUACAACCAAAUUCACCAGCUCCCUUAGCUUUGUGUUCUUACCGUACAUGUCAGGUACCUAGGUGUUCUUCACUUUGUUCUUCCUCGCCAUAGAGAAGAGUACUGGCUUUCAACCUAUCGCUCACUUAAUGUACGUACCCAGUGCUGUCCCAAAUAUUACUGAGGCUUAAAUCAUGUUACAAUAAUGGCCCUUACAUUUAUAUCUAAGGGCUUAUUGGCUUAAUAGCCAUAUUUCAGAGGAAAAUCAAGAGAAUAAACAUGAUUUUGACAUAAUGUAAUAACUGUCUUUUUGCCAUCAUUCCAGCCGGUUAUACCUUUGUUGGUAACAGGUACCCGGUUCCUUCACAUAAAGAAAACGACAUGGUCAUUUUGUGAACCAUAGUAACACCUUUUAUAAUACUGGAGGUAUGUAUUUGUGGUUUUUUGAAAGAAGAAAAAGCCAUCCACGUAUAACUUUAAUGAUCACAUACAUAAACAUCAAGAUUUAUAUUCUAUAUCAUCUAAGUUUUAUUCCAUAUCAGAUAAAAACUAAACCCUAAAAUCUAAUCACUAAACCCUAACCCAAAUAUAAACCCUAAACUCAUAUAUCAAAAUCUAAAAAAUACAUAAUGGUAUGUAAUAUUAAACUAAAUUAUGUUAUAUUAAAUUAUAUUAUGUAAUAUACCAAUUCUAUAUCACCAAAAUUAAAAUACAUGGUAUGAAAGUUCAGAAGUGUUCUAUUCCAUAUCCAAACAUAAUAGAAACAAGUAAUGCUUUUCCAAUGGUGAACCCAUAUUCCAGAAACUAAACCCUAUCCAAUCAUCAUGAAACUCUACACGAAAAUAUAAGCCCUAAAUAUAAACCCUUCUAAAUACUAAACCCUAAACUCAAAUCACUAAACCAUAACCCAAAUAUAAACCCUAAACCCAAAUAUAAAUAUUAAACCCAAAUAGAAUAGAACAAAAUAAAUAACAUAGUACAUAUUAGUGAAAUUAUGAAAUGUAUACGAUUGCAUGUAAGAAAUGUCUAUGAUUUCAUGGAAAAAGUUGAUGUUGACCCCAACCAUACCCCUUCAUCUUCUAAAUACUAAACCCUAAACCAUAUUCACUAAACCCUACACCCUAUUCUCUAGACCCUAAACCCAAAUAUAAACUAUAAACCCAAAUAGAAUGGAACAAAAUAAUAGUAUGUUAUAUAUUGGUGAAAUUAUGAAAUAUCUAUGAUUUCAUGGAAGAAAUUAAAGUUAAUGCUUACCCCAACCAAAACCCCUCACCUUCUAAAUACUAAACCCUAAAUAUGAUUCACUAAACCCUAAACUCAAAAAUAAACUCUAAACCCAAAUAAAAUGGAACAAAAUAAAUAGCAUGGUAUAUUGGUGAAAUAAUGAAAUGUCUAUGAUUUCAUCGAAGAAGUUAAUGCUGACCCCAACCAUAUCCCCUCACCUUCUAAAUACUAAACCCUAAACUAUAUUCACUAAACCCUAAACCCAAAUAUAAACACUAAACCUAAAUAUAAACCCUAAACUCAAAUAUCAAAGUCUAAAAAAUAACAUAUAUUAUGUAAAUUAAAUUAUAUUAUGUAAUAUUAAACUACACAAUCUAGAUAUAAGCCCUUCUAAAUACUAAACCCUAAACUCUAAUCACUAAACCAUAACCCAAAUAUAAACUCUAAACCCAAAUAUAAAUAUUAAACCCAAAUAGAAUGGAACAAAAUAAAUAACAUAGUACAUAUUAGUGAAAUUAUGAAAUGUAUACGAUUGCAUGUAAGAAAUGUCUAUGAUUUCAUGAAAAAAGUUGAUGUUGACCCCAACCAUACCCCUUCAUCUUCUAAAUACUAAACCCUAAACCAUAUUCACUAAACCCUACACCCUAUUCACUAGACCCUAAACCCAAAUAUAAACUAUAAACCCAAAUAUAAUGGAACAUAAUAAUAGUAUGUUAUAUAUUGGUGAAAUUAUGAAAUAUCUAUGAUUUCAUGGAAGAAAUUAAAGUUAAUGCUUACCCCAACCAAAACCCCUCACCUUCUAAAUACUAAACCCUAAAUAUGAUUCACUAAACCCUAAACCCAAAAAUAAACUCUAAACCCAAAUGUAAUGGAACAAAAUAAAUAGCAUGGUAUAUAUUGGUGAAAUAAUGAAAUGUCUAUGAUUUCAUCGAAGAAGUUAAUGCUGACCCCAACAAUAUCCCCUCACCUUCUAAAUACUAAACCCUAGACUAUAUUCACUAAACCCUAAACCCAAAUAUAAACACUAAACCUAAAUAUAAACCCUAAACUCAAAUAUCAAAGUCUAAAAAAUAACAUAUAUUAUGUAAAUUAAAUUAUAUCAUGUAAUAUUAAACUACCCAAUCUAGAUCAUAGUACGAUAUUUACUUGUUCAAAAACUAUAUUUCUAAACAAAAUAAAACACUCUUUAGUAAUCAUCAAAUGGAAUGGAACAUAAUAAAAUAGAAAAGUAGCAUAAUAUAUUGCAUUUCAUAACAGGAAUAGAACAAACAUAAUACAUUUCUAUUCCAUAUGCGAAUAGAAUAGAACAAAAUAAACAGAAACUGUUCAUCUUCUCCGAUCAACUUAGGUCAUCCACGGCGACAAAAUAUAAGUGUAUCUUGCGACAUUAGUGGAUAUAAUACAUAUAACCACAUCAAAGAGACGGAUUUUGUUGUUGAUACAGUAAAUAGAAGAGAAGAACAUACAGUGGUGACGCGAUGAUGGUGUCGUUCGUAUAGAUGGAGGUGAUCACCACUACACAAAUCUUUUAGGCAAGGGUCAGCGCAAAUUGGGAUGUGAAUACGAAUUGGGAGGGAUUGUAAUCAGAGAAAACGCGGUGGAGACAAUCUGGAGUGAAACUAUUUAAAAGAGUGUGAAUCUGGAAGGGACACGACAUAUUUUUGCAAAAUAGUAAUUAUAAUUUCAUUUUUUUUCCUAGCAGGUUUCUCCGGUUUCAAGCAGGGGCAAUACAACAAUAUUAUAUAAAAAACAAGGGAAACAGUGAAAAAUUAGGGUGAUUGACUACUCAAUUAAUUAUGCCUUUUUUCAUGUAUAUAGGCUCCAAUUUCCCUAUAUUUAAUACUGCCCCAAAAGAAUUAUAUGAAAGAGAGAUUUGUAGCAUAGCUCGAACCUAAUCAAAGGAGGACACUAACUUCUCUUCUUUAACCAUUUGAGUUAUACUUAGGCUUUGAAUGGUGACCAAGGAACGAAAGAGAACAUUGAAUUCUUUAUCAUUCCCAAAAAAAAAUCACCAUUCACAAAGAAUAAUUUUUCUUUCUUGUUCCUCUCCAUUCCUUUAUCUGUAGAGAAAUAUAGAACAAAAGCAUUCCUUGUUAAAUUUGAUAAGGAACAAGCAUUCAUUUUCAUUCCUACAAUUUUAUUCCUAUACAUUUCUUUCCUAUUCGUUCCUCGUGUUUCCGAAAAAAUCACUAGUCGGAAUCUUAAUAUUAUUAAAUAUGGUCCACAUUUUGUUUUUAUAUUAUGUGGUCUAAAGCUAUCGCUUUACCUGCUUUAAAGCAGGGAUACCACAAAGCAAUCCAUCUAAAAUCAAAUGGUUUUGACAAAAAAAAAUUUAUGAUGAGUUCUCAAACUAAAAUAAAACGAAUUAAUGUUAAUACUUACACAUGUUCAUCAGUUUACUGAUCAGGGCCUUUGAACAUUCUUUAUAUGGAAUCACGUAAAGCUGUAAGCCUCUUAUAGGGAAAUAAUAGACUAAAUUGAGACUAAUGUAACAUUCUGGUUUGUAGUAUAUGACAAAGACUUAAAAGAAUUGAUUUUGCUAUCUAUGUUACUAACGUGCACUUAUUUUUUUCCGUCACAUAUCCGUUUAAAACUCUAGGGUUAAGCGUGCUUGAGCUCGAGUAAUAAAAUGAUGAGUGACCUAUUGGUAAGUGAUUCACGAUACCAUGUGAGUAAUGCCAAAUCAUGGAGAAAUGUCAUAUCAUGAUUGCAGGAUCAGUAAGAAAGUCUUUCGAGCCUUUCAAAAAUUAACGCACCAUCCGUCGCAUGGAAUGGAUCCAUGAACCGAGUGAGCGGGCAUGGGAGGCCCAUUAGACCAUCUCCAAUGUAUUUCUCUAUUUUUACCUCUAAAAUAGAGGAACUCUGUAAUAGAGGUGGGUUUUACUCCAAUGUAUUUCUCUAAAAUAGAGAUCUCUACAUAUAGAGUAAAAAAUAGAGGAAUGCUAUUUCUUCCUCUAUAAAUAGAGGAAAAUAUAGAGAUCUCUAUUAUAGAUGAAGAAAUAGAGAUGAGUUAGAGCAAUUUCACCUCUAAAUGCUAUUAUAGAGGUGAUAAUAGCAAUGGCUUGGAGAUGCUCUUAGCCGUUGACGGUUGGGCCGUUACAAGUGGUAUCAGAGACGAACCCAGACGAGUGUGGAGUCAGUGAGGUCUCACACUAACAUGGAUAACAAUUUUGGGGCGCAACAUGGAUGUUGUGUUCUUUGAGAAAGGGUGAAUUGUAAUAUUCCGGUUUGUGGUAUAAUGAGAAAGGCAUAAGAGAAUUAAUUUGGCUACCUAUUUCACUAAAGUACACUUACUUUUUCUGUCAUACAUCCGUUUAGAACUCCAGGGUUAAACAUACUUGAGCUGGAGUAAUGGAUCAUGAGUGAUAUAACGGGAAGUGAUUCGUGAUACCAUAUGAAUGAGGCCAAAGCAUGAAAAAUGUCAUAUAAUGAUUGCAAGGUCAAUAAACAAACUUUUCAUCGAGCUUUUCAAAAAUUAAUGCAUCUUCCGUCGCAUGGAAUGAUAUCCACACCGAAAGAGCGUGCAUGGGAAACCCAUUAACUGUAGGUGGGUGGAGCAUUUUACUGGUCGGAGCAUUUUACUGGUCAGAGCUUUUAAACAUUCCUUAUAUAGAACCAUUUCUUAAGAAAAAGGGAAAUGAAUAGUCAUAUGAGCUCUGGGUGAGACUCAGUUGAAUAUUGAAUCAAACGUAUCGGUCCAUGAAAUUCUCUCUCUUCUCCACUCGACUGGAAUAUCUGAUCUUUGAAGAUGAACUGACUGAGUAUUCUAUGUCACGGAUCAUAUGUGCCAUUGGUUUAGUUAUUUGAAUUCCAAGAUUAUAUGUAUAUAAAUUUCUUUCUUUCUAUUAUUGCAAAAACAUAAAAUUACUGAUAAGGAUGUAAUGUAACAGACAUAUCCUUUAUCUUGCUUAAUAAUGAACUAAUUGUAUUAUUUAAAUAAACUAUUUUGCAUUUUUUGUGAAAACACGAUUUUACAGUUUUUAAUAAUUUUUUUUUUUGUGAUUUUGACAAAAGCAUAAAAUUUACAGUUUUCGCGGAAAAUAGUUUAACGGAAAACAUGUUUUCUAGUUUGGCAGAAAAACGCAUUUCCAAUUUUGUUGGAAAAAUGUAAUUUUUCAGUUUUGGAGGGAAAAUGUGUUUUUCAGUUUUGGCGGGAAAAUGUGUUUUUCAGUUUUGGCGGAAAAAUGCGAUUUUCAAUUUUUUCAGUUUUGGUGGAACGUGAUUUUCUGGAAUUGACGGAAAAACGCAUUUUUCCGAUUUUGGCAAGAAGACAUGUUUUCCGGUUUUGAAAAAAAAAACAGGUUUUCUGGUUUUGGCAGAAAAAACAUUUUUCUAACUUUAUGAGAAAACACAUUUUCGGUUUUGGCACGAAACACGCGUUUUUGAGUUUUUGCGGAAAAAUACAUUUUUGGGGGUUUGGCAAAAAAUCAGUUUUUCGAUACAGUUUUUGCGGUUCUGGCGGGAAAUUGCAAUUAUAAGAUUUUGGCGUUUUUCUGAUUAAAUUUACUAUAUAAUAGUUAUACAACUAAUUUAAUCAAUUUUAUAUUUGUAUUAAGGGUAUUUAAGUCUUUCUAAUUUUGAGAUGCAAAUGUUAGCAUCCAAACUCUACUUUUUUUGCAACUCAAAUAUCUAGAUACUAGGUAAUAACGUUCGCGAAAGAAAUACUUUUAAAAUAUUAAUGUUAUAUAAAUGAUUUUUUUUUUAUUUUUUUAGUUUUAAAUUAUGUAUUUUCUGUUAAUAAGUAUAAUUAUUUUGGUUUAUAACAAACUUUUAUUGUAUUGUAAACUAAAUUAGUGGUUACACGUAUAUUGAAACUAGAAUAUUUAUUGUUUUUGUAUAGUAUAUAAUUUUAUUUAAAAAUAUUAAAAAUAUAUAUAAUUUUCAAUUUAAUAAUUAUUAAAUAAGACUUCUUAUUCAUAUGAUUUAAUAGUCAUUUGUAUAUUUUUAUUAGAAAAAUUUAAAUCAUUGGUCACAAAAUUUUCUAUAUGAGAUUUUAAUAGUUUUAAAAAUUUCAAAAUAUAACAUAUAGAGAAAAAUCUAAAGUUUUUUUAUUUAAUUAAGGGGGUUUUUUUAUUUAAAUAAAAUCGAAAGUUUUUAUUUAAUCUGAAGUUUUCCUUUGUAAAUUUGCAAUUGCAAAAAUGACAUAAACGGAAGACUUCCUAGAGGUCUUCUGCUGGAAGACUUUCGUGAAGUCUUCAAGUUGAAGACUUUCGUGAAGUCUUCAAGUUGAAGACUUUCGUGGAAGUCUUCUAGGUCAAAAAUUAAUAACCUUUCAUUUUUUCUAAAAUUGUAAAGACUUUUUCAUAUUUUUUUGCUAAUUCUUAUAUAUUUGUCAAUAUUGGGACUACUUAGUGAAACUGAUAACUUAUGGUGAUAAUUAUAAGGUUACCGACAUUCAUGUUUAUUAUUGUUUCUAGCUAUUGAGAGAAGUCUUCUAUCAUAAUUAUGAGGUUACUGACAUUCAUGUUUAUUAGUGUUUCUAGCUAAUGAGAGAAGUCUUCCUUCUUUGUAUCUUUAUUAAACUUGUAUUUUCAACUUCAAAUUAUGGUUUUGAACUUUCAAAAGUGUUAAAUAACUUUAUGAAUAUCAAGUAAUGUGGUUUGAUUUGUCUUUUUAGAUCAUAAGAUAUACUUUUUAACUAUUUUGAGAUUUAGAAUUUCAAUUUUGAUAUAGUUUUCCCACUUAAAUUUUUUGAUUUAUAUUUAAGUUUUCCGCUUAAAAUUUAAGUCUUACAAGAAGUCUUCCGAGAAGACUUCCUGUAAGUUUUCUGUAGACUUUCCAGAAGACUUCUAGUGAAAAUGUUAUAUGUUUGUACUUAUGUAAUGUUUGAUUUCUUGUGAAUUUGACUAAGUUUUUUUAGAAGUCGUCUCCCUUAUUUUUAGUAAAUUUGACUAAAUUUUUGUGUUAUUGUGUUUUGCUAUUGAAUUUGUAUCAAUUACUUUAUUAAACUCAAGUACUUUCACAAGAUAAUAUUGUAUACAUGAACAUAUUUACUAAAAAUGUUUUUAUUAAUAAUUCUUAAAAUUUACAAAAGAAUUCACAACUAAAAGAGUACACAUAUAAAUCAUAAAACAUAUCAUAAACAAAACUAUUACACAUGGAGUUAGAGAUUAUUAAUCCAUAAAUAUAAGGUUGGACUCUACUUGACAUGAGAGAAAAUUCUGUCAGAAGACUUCCGGAAAAUUCUUGUAGGACAUUAUGUUCUUAGAAGACUUCGUCAGAAGUGGAAGUCUUCUAGGGCAUUAUAUUUUAGAAGACUUCUAAAAUAUGACUCAGAUCUAAAAAACAUGCAUAACCAAAAACAUUCAAAUGACUUCAAAACAGAAAAAAAUAGUGGAAGAUUAGAUAGAUAUACCUAUAUGGAACACACAAAAUAGAUAUCUAAAAUUUAUAAAUCUAUUUUCAAAGGAGUGGAAGAUAAGAACCAUGUGACAAAAAACCUACAAAAAUAAGAUAAAUUAGUGAAAAAGACAUGUGACAAAAAAAUGAGAAAUUGAUAUAAAGUUUGGUGUUUUCAAAUUCAAAGAGAUUAGAGAAAGGUUGGAGAGUUUUACUUUGGAAAAAGUAAGAAUUUUAUGCAUCAAAAGCUUACCAAUUGAAGAAAAAUCAGUAAUGGAAACUUGCUAAAACGCUCAGAUUUGUUAUGAAAGAGGUGACAUGCUCACAAGAUUUCCAGGAAGUAUUCCAUGAAGUCUUCUAACGCAUUAUAUUUUAGAAUAUUUCCUAGAAGUCUUCUAAAGCCUGACCCAAAUCUAAAAACCAAAGAUAUCCAAACUCAGAUCUGAAAAACCUGCAUAUUCAAAAACGUUCAAAUGACUUCAAAACAAAAAAAAAUGAGUGAAAGAUUAGAUAGAUCUACCUUUAUAGAAUACACAAAAAUACACAUCCAAAUUUUAUAGAUCUACCUCUAAAUGAGUGGAAGAUGAGAACCAUGUGAUAAAUAACGUGCAAAAACAAGAUAAAUUACUGAGAAUGACAUGAGAUAAGAGAUAGGUUGGAUAGUUUUAGUUUGAGAAAAAAAAUAAGAACUUUAUGCAACAACAGCUUAUCAAAAUAAGAAAAAUCAGACAUGAAAACUUGCUAACGCUCAGAUCUGUUAUCAAAGAGGAGACAUAAGAGAAAACUCCGUCAGAAGAUUUCCAGAAAGUCUUCUUGCGCUUUAUAUAUUAUAAGACUUAUGGGAAGUGACUUACGAGAAGACUUUCCAAAAGUCUUCCAGAAUUGAAUCUUAGCAAUAUCUGAAAAAUCUGCAUAUACAAACCGAGAUCUGGAAAUCAUUCAUAUCCAAAAACGUUCAAAUGACUUCAAAACAGAGAAAAUAAGUGGAAGUUUAGAAAGAUUUACCUUUAUAGAACACACUAAAAUAUAAAUCUAAAAUUUAUAGAUCUACCUUUAAAGGAGUGGAGUUGAGAACCAUGCAAUAAAAAUUCUCAAAACAAGAUAAAUUUGUGAGAAAUACAUGAGCCAAAAAAUGAGAAAUUGAUAGAAAUUUUUGUAUUUUCAAUUUCAAAAACAUUAGAGUGAGUUUGAAGAGUUUAAGAGUGAGAAACAUAACAUUUUUGUUGCAGCCAUUUGAGAAGAAAAAAAUGUGUAAUUUUUUUUUUAUGUAUGGAAACAAAAAUUUCUAUUUAGGUUAAAUAUUUUCGAUUCAGAAGUCUUCCAUGGAAGUCUUCUUACUCCUAAAUAUACUACUUGGCCAGGAGACUUCUUCUAGCCCUUAAAUAUAAACUCUAAAGUCAAAUAACUAACUAACUAAAUAAAAACAAACACUUCAUUAAACUUAAAAUAAAUUUUAAGUGUUUAAUAUACACAAAAGUAAGUACAUAUAUGCCAAAUUGUUUUUUUUUUUAAUGUUAAGCUUCCAAAAUCUAACCUUAAAAAUACAAACAAUACUACAAUUUAUUUUACCAAAACCUAAUCCAAAGAAUACAAUGACACACUACAUUCACUCAUAUGUGUUGAAAGAUUUUCAAUUUUACUAUAUCUUAAUUUAUAUCAAUUACAAAUGUUUAUAAUUACAUGGUUUCAAUUUUUCCCCUAUCGAAAUAUUUUUUUCUAAAAUUUAUAAAUUAUUUUUAAGAUCUACAAUAUGAGGAAGUCUUCUCACAUAAGACUUAAGAAAUCCCUAGAAGACUUCGAGGGGUUAUUUUCGUAAAAGUAAAUUAUGUUUUUUUGUUUGGUUAUAAGGGGAUACUUGUAAUUUCACUAGCAUUUUGGGUUAGUUUUGCAUUUGAUUCAAGUUGGGAUAUACCUUUGUGUUUAAAAUCAAGUUAUGGGUCAUAUUUUGCAAUUUCCCGUUUAAUUAAUGUAAUUGUUUAAUUUAUUUUAAUAAUAUACAAUUAAACAAAAUGAUAAAUGAUACACAAAUUUUUAUUAAAUCUCUAUUACUCAAAAUUAUUAAUUUUCAUAUAUACUUUAGUCAUAUUAAGUAAUUAUGUAGUUUUUAUUUGUAGAAAUAAUGAAGAACUUUUAAUAAUUUAUUUUAUGGCUAGUUUAAUAAAAAAUAGUAUAUAUUUAGAUGGAUUCACAUAUUUUUUUAGGAAUUUUGAAAAAUAUUUUAGUGAAUGUUACGUGUUAUAGAUAAAAUAUUGUAAUGAUUCUCACAUAAUAAAUAAGAUAUUAUAGAUAUUGUAUGUUGAUGUAAUAGUGUCCAAACAAACAACAUCUGAAUACUACCAUCCGGAUGCAGCCUCUGGAUACAUAAACGAACAUGUUUUAGUAGAGAUGCUUAGUAGAGAAAUGCAUUACAACAUAUCUAAUGGAUUCUUGAGAAACACCCAAGGGACCGAACAUGCAUAACUUUAAGAAGAAAUUUCAAAAACUGUAGCAUAAAAGUCCAUUAUCAUCAUAAUGAUUUAGUCUUGUUUAUAUAUUUAUUUUGAGGUUGAAUUUUUCCAGUGAUGACAUAAUAAAAACCUUCUUAAGUUUACAACAUUAUAUGAUUCAAAAAAAAAGUAUAGUUUUAGUUAACCAAGAGAAAAAAAACUACUUGUAGAAAACUUAAAUAGAUUUAAAUGUUUUGACUGAAAACUUAAACAGAUAAUUUGUAAUAACAUAUGAUAUCUCUAUAAUAUUAUUUGGGAAGUCUAAUACGAAGUGUCAGAAAAUAACCGUUUUUCGUCGUUCACGUGGAUGCAAAGUUACCGAUUUGGUUUAUAGAGUCAGUAUGAGUCAGUAUACGUUGAUGACAAAAACAAUUACUUAAGAAGUCAUUUUUAUACGUAGCAUGCUCACGUUAAUUCUUAUGAUGGUUAUUUACAUAAGUACGUUAAUGAAUUAAAAUAUUUAAUUUAAAUACUAUGAUUUAUUUUUUAUUUUUUUCCUUUUAUAUUUUUCCAAAUAACAUAUAUAAUAAAAAGGAAAGAUUUAUAAGUUUUAAAAACGAAUUGAAAAACAAAAAUAUAUUUUUAUAUAAUAUGAUUUUAUUAAAAAGAAAAUUUCACAAAAUAGCAAUAUUCCGUUUAAAACAUAUUCUUACUUAAAAAAAUAUUGUCAAAGUAAUAAAAAUACUUUCUUUAUAUCUAUAUUUUUAUUAGAUGAAAAAAAAAUAUAUUUUUAUAUAAUAUGAUUUCAUAAAAAGGUUCACAAAGAUAAACUUGAUAUUAAAAAAUAAAUAUUAUUCCUUUGAAACAUACUUUAUACAAUAUAAAAUAAUUAUAUUUUUAGAGUAAUAGAUAUAUUUUUCUAUCUAUUUUCUUAGAUGAUUACAAAAAGAAUUAAAUAAUCUAAACCCCAUUAUGUUUAAUUGACUAAAAUAGUUUAUAAUUAUUAUUAUUCAUAUGUUUUUUCAUAAUCUUUAGCUGACUAUACUAUUUUACAACUACAGCAAAAAAUACCCAUAAAUUAUAUUCUAAUUAUAUAGUAUGAUUUCACAAAAACAAUCACAAUUUUAGUGCUGAUUUUGAGAUAUUAAAAAUGGAACCUAAAUUUUUUUUUUUAUGAUAAGCAUAUUUUGAUCAAAUAGCUACAAAAUAUUUUUAUAUAGCAUAUACAUCUAAUGAGGUAUAUAUAUUAUAUUUUAUCAUUAAUAAUUUUUUUUUAAUAUUUAGUUUCUUUUUAAUUUUAUAUUUUCUUUAUGUUUGUAGAACUUAAUAUACCCAUAAUCAAAAUACCCAAAAAAUCUGAUCUCCUUUUUAAGAUUAUUUUUAGUUUACCUUUCAAUAAAUCUAAGGCGUACAAUUAUUUAGAAAUUAUAAAAUAUUUAAUUAUUUUAAAUAUUGAUAUUCGUUCAUGAGCUUACAAAAAUUUAUCAUACUGACUUUAUGAACCACAACGGGAUAUCUCGAUCCAUGUGAACGACUAAAGACGGUUGCUUCCUGAUACUUCAUGUUAGACUAUCAUCCUUUGUAUUUUGCGUCUUUGGUACAUAGAUGAUCUCUGAUCGGAAGAAACUUUCUUUCAGGAUCUUAAUAUCUUCCAAAUAACUUGCAAAGGCUGGCAAUUCUUCUGUUCCGAAACCAUCUUCACCAAUUGAGAGCAAUCCGUUUCAAACGUAACAUGAAAUUGACGUAAGUUUCUUAUACAUUCCAUUGCCCAUAGCAAAGCUUCCAUCUCCGCAUGAAGAGAAGAUAGACUAGCCCGAACAUUCUUCGCCCCUAUCAGCCCAUCAAAUCCUUCUAAAAUACUGAGCCAACCCUGACCAGAGAAAAUAUCAUUGUCUUUCCAGGACCCAUAUGUGAAACACCAUCUUGCUAGAAUUGAUGGUAGAGUCGUAACCUCAACGUGUGGUACCGUUCUCUGUUCGUUCAAUAUAUGUGCCUCGGCCUAGAGUGUUGAUUUUGUUUCUGCCAAUUUAUGCGCAUCCCUAUGAUCAAUAUCCAGAUUACUAAAAACUUAAUUAUUCCUUCUUUUCCAAAUGUAUCAUAGUAUCCAUGCAAACUGAUGAUCCUCCAUCUGCGGGAAAACUCUCCAGCAGAUAUGAUCCAUGUUUGUGAAGAGAGAGUUUGUUGAGAAAAUAGCUGGAUUUUGUGGUAUCUUUGAGAGAGCUCAAAAUUAACAUUCAAAAAACACAUGGUUGAUCAAUUCCUCAUCGGCUCCGCAUCUUGCACAUCAUAUAUCCCCUUGUAUCCUUCGCACUUGCAAAUUCUUCCUUACUGCUAAAUAUCUUGUCACCAAUUGCCAUAGAAAAUGUUUAUAUUUGGUGAGCACCGUAUUUUCCAACAUAAUGCCUUCAAUACAUCAAUUGUAGGCCCAAACAUUAAUGAUGGUCUUUCCCUAUCUCGGUAAACUCUUUCGACAUGAUAUUUUGAUUUAAUCGUAUAUUUUUCAUUGUUUGUGAAAUGUCAUCCAUCCCUAUCUACCGUCUGGGUUCUGCUCAGUGAUAUGCUUUAUAUGAUUUUCAUAUCCUGUUGGUCUACCAAAGCCCGGAGUGCCUACGAGUUCCAAAUUCACGUAGUAGAAUCAAUGAGAGAAUCCAGUGUGAUCAUCUUUAUAUAUAUAUAUAUAUAUUAAUUUCCCAUUGAUUAUCUUUUGAUUUUCUAAUAUUUUUAAAAAUCAACAUAUAAUUUUGAUAAAUAUUACGAAAAUACAUGCACAUUUAAGCGAGAGAUAAACUAAUUUGAUUUGAUUUAAUUAGAUUAAAAAUAAUUAUACUUGAAAUUGAAUUUGUAAGAAUAUAUGUAACUCAAUAUGCUCACAACAUGAGUGAUUCGACUAAGCCAACUUAUAUCCAAAAUCAAGAUCUAACUACAAUAAGAAGCUAUAAUUUUAUAAUAAAAAUCUAUUUAUUUUUAUAAAUUUGAAUUGCAUGUUGACUCAAAACAUAUUAAUAAUUAAAAAUAAAAUAUUAACAAAUUGUUACAAUAUAACUUUAUAUAUAUGCAUGAGAUUUCAGAAUAUUUACGUUAUAUUCAUUUAUGUAAUUUUGAAUCAAACACUUUUAUUUUAUAUUUUUUAGUUCUAAACACAAAAUAUAUUAUAUUAUACAUAAUCUUACUAAAAUAUAUUUACAUAUCAAAGAAAAUAACCAACAUAACUGCAAAUAAAAAUUAAUCAAAAUUAACUAUAUUUGGGAAUUUGGAAAAAUAGAUGUCAUCCAAUAUAUAUCCAAGUGAUACACAAAUCGAUUGUUGACCCAAAAAUAACUAAACCAACUAAAAAUAACAUAUCCAAAAUUAUAUGUCUAAUUUAAAUAUUAUAAUAUUAUUAAUAUAAAUUAUACAUAUAAAUUAUAUUAUAAAUUGAUUUAAAACAAUAAGUAAAUAUCAAUUAAUUAUAAUAUAUUAACUUUAUAAUGAUUUAUAUCGGUACAUGUGCAGUGGAGAAUCACCUACUAUUAAAUAUAAAUACACAUAUACAUAUCCUAUAAGUUAUACAUGUAACGAAUGCUUACAUAUUUUAUAACAGAAAACAAUAUAAAACUUCACCACAUUUUAUAAUAUUCCAAAGCCGGUUUCACGAUACAUUAAACCGUCUAUGGAAUUGGUAAUCCCACACACUAUUUUAUGCUUAUCACGUCGGAACAGUGACACUGUAAGUCGUGCAUACACGUUCAUAUUCCAAGUUGCUCAUUAUGUUAUUACUCAAACCAUUAAAUAUAUUUAGAAAAGUAACCUUCUUUGUCAACGCGAUUAACCUAUAUAAACACAUGAAACUAGUUUUCAAAACUUCACUUGCUUUUUCUGAAAUCUAACACAUAAGCAAAGCAAGCCAAAAGAAAAUAAAAUGGCUUUCUCACGCCUUUCCUUUGCUGCUUCUCUCGUUGUCUUCUCAUCCUUAAUCAUAUCCUCAGUUGCUAAUUACGGCAACGAAGUCAACCCCGAGACCGGAAAAUUUAUUCCUGUCGCCGUUGAAGGUGUCAUCAUGUGCAAGUCCGGUGACAAAUCAUACCCAAUUCAAGGUGCUACGGCAAGAAUUGCAUGUGUGAAGACAGACGCAUAUGGCAAAGAAAUAGUUCCAAUCUCAAUAAUGAGCAGCAAAACUGAUGCUAAAGGUUACUUCUUCGCCACGUUAUUCCCUUCACAGCUUCGUGCAGGAAGGACGGUGACCAAGUGCAAAGUUUUCCUUUACCAGUCUCCAAUCGCUGAUUGCGAUUUCCCGACCGAUGUGAACAAGGGUGUGAGAGGAAUGUCAUUGAACAAAUACCGUGUUCUUGAAGACAAGAGCUUCAAGCUUUACUGGGCUGGUCCUUUCUUCUACACCUCUGAACCUACUUACUACUAAACAAAGCUUCUUUUGAUUGACGUGAAAUGUAACUUUGAGAGUCCUUUUGUUUGUUUGAUUCGUUGUCUGAAAAUGAGCCGAGACUUUUUAUGUUUUUUAUAUUGUCUUUCUUGGAAACUUUUUAACAUAUAUAUAAACCGUGUUGUGAAGUA